UGAACGCUCCGCCUGCUCUCGCCGAGGAUAUUGACUUUCCCGCAAGUUAAAGUAUUUAAAUGCAGAGGAAGACAGAUGCUGUUGGUUAUGUGGACUGGAGGCGACCACAAGAAAUACACGUGUGGGAGGAAGGUUGACGUUGGAGUUUUACUGUGUGUGCAUCAUAUAGAAGGACAGCUGUAGCAUCAGUGCUGUAACUGCACACAAAACGAGUAAAGCCGAGUUGCUACUCGUGGGACUCAAACUUUCUUUUAACCGAAUCACUCAUUUUUAACAAAUUCACAGCGCGCAUGUGACCGCCUAUGCGUAAAGAUUUGCGCGUAAGACUAAAAAUAAUCGCCACUGCGCUGUCACAGAAAGUCAGAGAGGAUUUAUUCGACUUGAAACCUUAAUCUAGACAGUGAUUGACACGAACAGGAUUUGAUGGAGGUAGUUCGGUGACAGCGACACUUUCUCCGGACUUUCAGUUGGGAUUGGCACAGCAUCGCCUUUAAAUCUCCUGGCCUUUUUUUUUUUCUUACAAAAUAUAUAUCAGUAAAGUGAAGAGUGGAUCCUCUACCUGCAUGGGACCCUGACAGUUUUGGAUCUCUCAAUUGUCACGGAUAGCGCCUUCUAUGUGUAACAACAAAAGUGAGCUGAAAUCCCCGUCAGGAGGAACUUUAUUUUCAAGAGCUUUCAGCGCCGAAUCAGUGGAGUAUUCAUGAAGCAAUAUUUGAACUAUUACAAGAUGAGGCUGAGAACAUCGAGGUUAGGUUAUUUGUAAGUAAAGAGCUGACCAGAUAAUAUACUUUCAUAUGGGACUCACUGAAUUCGAGCAACAGGUUAGACUUCUUAAUUUAUUCUUUUUUCUCUUUCCCUUCAGGUUAAUUCAGUUCACGGCGCUUUGCUUUUACGCACAGAACACUGUGCAGUCUCCUCCUAAUUUCAAGCACCACGUCACCGAGCAGAGCCGGCUGUCGGACCGGAUGAGCCGCCGUUUGACACGAACCUACCAGCUGUACAGCCGCACCAGCGGGAAACACGUCCAGGUCCUGGCCAACAAGAGGGUCAACGCUAACGGGGACGACGGAGCAGUGCACGCUAAACUGGAGGUGGAGACGGACUCUUUUGGAAGUCGUAUUCGUAUUAAAGGGGUGAAGACAGGAUACUACAUAUGUAUGAACAAAAGAGGGAAGCUGAUCGGCAAGCGGAAAGGACGAGGCAAAGACUGCAUCUUCACUGAGAUUGUUCUGGAAAACAACUACACGGCACUCCAGAACGCCAAGUACGAGGGCUGGUACAUGGCUUUCACACGCAAGGGCCGUCCAAGGAAGGCCUCCAAGACCAAACAGCACCAGAGGGAGGCCCACUUCAUGAAGCGUCUACCCAGGGGGCACUUGCUGAGUGAGAGGAGACCGUUUGAUGUCCUUCCUCUCGCUGUGCCCGUACACCCUUUGAGCAAGCGGACUAAAUUUUCCCAUCACCAGCGCUCAGGGGGCCGCUGAGGACUGAAACCACAGAGGGAGAACUGUGGACGAACCAGCACAGAAAAACCACUACAAGAGAAAACAAGUGCUCCCAGAGAAAUUAACUGUUACAGUCAAGUGCCCAUACACUUUUUUUUGCCUCAUUUUGUGGAUUUAUGUAAUUCUUUGUACUGGAUUGUAUAAACAUUGAUUAUCUAAUCUGUUAGUUAUUUCCAAUUCAGACAGACUUUAGGAGAGAUUUUUACUUAUUAAAUCAGAGGGCAAUAAAAGUACAAAAUUGCUCAAUAUUGUCAUGACUGAAAACCUUUGGUUAGAAGUUAGCCAACUCAGCAACAAAGAAUGUUUAAAAGAGAGAUGAGUACAAUGAAGCUAGACGCGGCAGCUAUCUGUGGAUUUUCUUGUGGUUACAACAUCUGAGUCUCAGCUGACAGGCUAUCAUGCCUUAAGGAGGCCACCUCUGAGUUUUUUAACCUGUUUUUUCUACAUAUAUGAAUAUAUUUUUACUGUAAAAAUGUAAAUGAUGUCAAAUGAUGGAAAUAUUUAUUGUAGAGUGUAUAUUAAAACCACUAAAGAAUCAGUUCACAAGCGGCUUGGCUUUUCUCUUGUGUGGUUGUUUUAGGACAGAAAGCUAGCAUACAUCGUUGGUUGCCCCCAAAAACUUGUUUUUUUUUUUUUGUUUUCCAAGCU